GUUGAUGUUGCAUUUUUGAGAGCAGCAAGAGCUGGGAAUCUUGAAAAGGUUAAAUCUUUUCUAACCGAGGAAGGAGACAUUCACACAUGCAAUGCCAAUGGCCUUAACGCACUUCACUUGUCAUCUAAGGAGGGGCAUGUUGAGGUUGUCCAAGAGCUUUUAAGGCGUGGAGCAGGGGUGAACUUUACCACCAAAAAGGGCAACACAGCACUUCACAUUGCUUCACUUGCUGGACAAAAAGCGGCAGUAGAUGUGUUACUGGAAUCUGGUGCCUCUGUAAACUCUAAAGCUCAGAAUGGCUUUACACCAUUGUACAUGGCAGCUCAGGAAGGGCAUGUCGACGUCGUGAGAACACUUCUUAACAAGGGAGCAAAUCAACAAUGUACUACUGAGGAUGGUUUUACUCCAAUUGAUGUCGCUGUUCAACAAGGACAUGAAAAAGUUGUAGCAGCACUUCUUCAUCAUGAUUCCAGAAAAGGUUAUCGUUCUCUUCAUACCGCAGCCAGGAAGGACUUUGCCAAGGCAGCCAAGCUUCUGCUUCAGAAGGAUCACAAGCCUGAUAUUGAAGCUCCAAAUGGCCUCACGCCUCUUCACAUCGCAGCACAUUAUGGCCAUGUGGAUAUUGCUGAGCUGUUACUGAAUCGUGGAGCAGACACUGACGCUCGAGCCAGGAAUGGAUUUACUCCUCUUCACGUCGCCUGCAAGAAAAACCGGGAACAAGUCAUCCAGCUGCUGUUAAAAUAUGGUGCAAAUGUUCACUCAGCUAAUGAGGUGAAUUNCUUUCAUUAUGGCAGUCUACUGCCUUUGUUUUAAAUUUUAUACUUUUGUUACCAAAUCUGUGAAAUUGAGCAACUAUUUACGCUAGGUGAAACUGCUUUACAUAUUGCCUGCCGCAGACGACAGAUAACAAUUGUACGACUGUUGCUAAGGAAUGGUGCAUCGGUGGAUGCCAAAACACAGGAUCGUGAGACUCCACUACACAUUGCGGUCAGAACAAAGAAUGUGGAGAUGGUGAAUCUUCUUCUGGACCAUGGAGCAUCCACUGAUGCUAUUGAUAAGAACAAGUGCACACCUUUGCACAUUGCUGCCAGAGAUGGUAAUGAACAGCUGGUGGAAAUUCUUCUGGAACAUGGGGCUUCUGUUACAGAGCUGUCCAAGAAAGGAUUCACUCCUCUUCAUGAAGCUGCAAGAAAUGGUCAUGUCAGGAUUGUGGAAAUCUUACUGAAGUAUUACGAUAACCCUGACCCAGAGGGAAAGCACGGACUCACUCCUCUACACGUGGCAACUCACUACAACAAUGAUAAAGUCGCUACUUUCCUGUUGGAAAACAAUGCCAAUCCUAACGCAAUGGCAAAGAAUGGAUUUACUCCUCUGCACAUUGGAGCCAAGAAAAACAGAAUAGACAUUGUAUUGAUUCUGCUGAGACGAGGCAUGGAUCCUGAUGUCACUACACAGACUGGUAUAAGCCCUCUUCAUCUGGCCGCCAAGGAGGGACAUUUGGAGCUGUGUGAACACUUGGUGGAAAACGGAGCCCUUCCAGGCGUCACUACAAACAAUGGUUUAACACCGCUGCAUUUGACGGCAAGAGAAAACAGGAUUGAUGUGGCUAAGCUUCUGCUCAAGCACAAUGCUCCUAUCAAUGCUCAGACUGUGAGUGGCUUCACACCGUUGCAUAUCGCGUGUGUGUACGGUCAUUUUGAACUGGCCAGGCUGUUAAUAGAAGCAGGAGCCGAGAUUGAAGGCAAGACAAGGAACGGUUACACAGCACUUCACUUGGCAGCACAGUAUGGACACAGGCUCAUUAUUGAUCUGCUGCUAGAACAUGGAGCUAAUCCUAACGCUAUGACUAAUGAAGGUUACACUGCUUUAUACAUCUCCCGAAGAGUGAAUCUAAACACCACGAUAACUGAGACCCUGUCUAAAGUAACAGUGGUGACACAGACCAUUACUCUCAGAAGAAAACAGGGAGAAGAAGGAGAGGAAGGCGAAGAGGACGCGGAGUCCGACAUAGUUUUCAGUGCAGAGCCUGAAGAGCUAGAAGAAGAGGAAGUCCUUGAUGCUCUGGAAUUGGUUGAAGAAGAUCCAUCAAUUGCCGAGGAAUCUUAUGACCGCUUCAUGACAAUGGAGGACAUGGUGGAUGACGACCAGCGCUCAUCAAGUCUCGCACACAGAGACUCGGGAAUCUUUAGUUCGUCUCGAUAUUCGGGAGCAUUCUUUGAGGGAACACCGACCGGCUCCAGGGCGUCCGACUUGAACCGCUCUCGUCUGUCAGACUUCAACAUGUCCGAGAGUAUAACGACUUCUGAAAUGAUCAUGACAGAGUCGGAGCUUCCGUCCAGCCUGGCAGACAUGGCCGACGACAAUGUACCGAAGUACGAGCCUCUGGUGACGGGAGAUUUCCUUGUAAGCUUCCUCGUGGAUGCUAAAGGAGGCAAGAUGGAGAGCUCUCAGACGGGACUGAAGAUCACACUACCGCCAAGAUCAUGCCAGAUGCCAACUAGAAUCAUAUGUAAACAGUUACGAAUGAACAAGCCCUCAUUGCUGCCCCCACUGUGGGAAGGCGAGGCGUUAGCUUGUCGGAUUCUUGAUGUGAACCCGUCGGGAAUUAAGUUCCUGCAGCCGGUUUACUUGGAGUUGCCACAUUAUUCUGCGCUCAGGGAUGGCGAGAGGGAGUUGGUGGUGUUGAGGACUCAAGAUGGAGGCUGGAAUUGGCAGGAAGUUUGCGUUGAGGACAUGAAAGCCGUGGAUGGGUACAGCUCAGACAUGAACAUUCACCAUGGGUACUUCCCCAGCAAGAGAUACGCGCGGAUUGAAACACAGGACUUCCCAGAGAAGUUUUCCAUCAUAUCACGACUAAAGAAAGAAACUUUCACUGUCGGUCUUCGUGGCGAGGUCCUUAAAUCAUCGGUCCUCCCUCAGGUGCAAGUAAAAGUGCCUGAUGGGGCUGUAUCGAGCGGGACAAAAAUUACCCUGCAGGUUCAACCUGCUGAUGAAUCAUUCAACGACUUUGAAGACUGGGUGGCUGUGAGCCCUGUGCUCACGCUUGAACCACAGGACAUUACCUUCUCCAAACCUGUGACAAUAACCAUCCCCACCCCUGUCUACAGCCCAGGUGGAGAAAAUGUUGAUAUCCAACCCUCUUUGAGACUGCUCAGCUGCGAGCCUCGAGAUAAUAGAAAGUCUAUGUCCCAUGCCCCCACGUACCAGUGGCAUGACAUCACUGACACUACACCGCUGAGCGUAGUGAACGAGUGCGCAACAUUCACGACAAGCCAUCCGGCAAGAUACUGGCUCGUAGAGACCCGUAACCCAGACAACGUGACGUCAGACGCACGCCUGUUGUACCGAAAGUUGACUGCUGUCCCAUACUUGGUCAAAAUUGUCGUCUUCGCUAAAGUAAAGCCUGAUGGGACAGAGGCUCGUCUUAGAAUCUUCUGUGUCACGGAUGAUAACAUAAAGAAAACGCUGGAACAACAGACUGGCUUUGUGGAAGUGGCGCGGAGUCGUGACGUGGAAGUGUGUGAGGGAAGACCAGUGCAUGUCAGAUGCUUGGGUAACGUUACGCCAGUUAAUCGUGAACCGUUACAGAUGACAUUUUCUCCUUUCCGCGAGAAUCGUUUGAGCGUGGUCGUUCGCGUAACAGACCCGGCCCAGCCCCCCACCUGUCGGUUGGCGUUCCUCAAAGAGCCUCGUAAAGACCGCCAGGGUAACGUGCGUACGAUUUGCAAUCUGAGCAUCGAUUUAUCUGAAGAGAACUUGAAGAAGGAAGACGCUUCUGCCCGGCUUCCUGAUGACUUGUUGACCUUGAUCGGCAAAGGUGUUGGAUACGAUUGGAUCGCGCUUGGUCAGCAGUUGGGAUUUGCGGACUCAGAACUGCAAGAGAUUUCCGAUAGACAUUCCGCUUCAACAGACGAGUGCGCAGCAGAUGUUUUGAAGACCUGGCGUGACAAAGAAGAAUCCGAGGCCAACAUGGCGUCCUUAGAGAAAGCUCUCCGUGAGAUGGGACGAGAAGACAUCGCAGACAACUUCAAACAGCUGGCCUACAGCAGUUACUCCAAAGAUCCUGUGGUUGUCGUGGAGACGCACCGCGUGACCACCAAUACGAUUUCCACAGAGAGCGCAGCACCAGGUCAGCGGCGCAUCUCCGAGUUCCUAGACACGGUUGGUGAAACUGAUGCCAUGUUCGGUGACGAACCUGGUUCCCUGUCCCCGCGCGUGGAGCAUAAGUCCGUUUCCGACGGAGACGAGGUUUUCUCUGAGAUCAGGACAGUGAAGAUGAAGAGCUCGCCUGAACCAAUCACGGAAGAGUCUGUCAUUAUAGUGGAGAAACACAGAGUCGUGGAUGAAGAUGGUAAUGUCAUCGAAGAAAGCCGCAAGAUAAUCGAAGAUGGCAAAGAGGUUACUGAAGACAGAGAAAAAUUGCUGCAGGAUUUCUUCAGUAAUGACCAAGGCGUGCUAGAUUUCUUGACCAAUGAUGCCAACAAGGCAUUAGAGAACGGAGAUGAAGAAACCGAGAUAUAACGAGGCAUGUGAAGCAGUUUGUAACAGUGUAGUGGUACGAACAGUUGAGUACAUUUAGACGAUUGUUCUGAAGUCGAGACGGGAUUGUUGUUUAUCUUAAAAGCCAAAUUGUAUAAGUGCAUUGUUGUAAAAUUUAGUGGCUUGAGAAGUGGAUCAGUUUUUAAGAAGGAAAGCGUUGUUUAGAAAAGAAUUCUUGUUGUUUAAUAACGGUUUAAUUAUUUGCAUUCAUCAUGCCAAGCAUGUACUUAAGUACCUAGAUAUAGUGUAAGUCAGAAUUCAGACCUGAAUAUUUCAGCGAUUGUCAAUUUGGCAAGACGAUCUCAGUUAAUCGUGAUCUGGACCAUCACACAACGUAUGUAGCGUUGCGUGACAUGUAAUGGCUGACUUGAGUCACGGGGAAGGUGUUUGGACCAGUGUUUUGUGAAGCGCCCAGGAUUUAGCUAGGUUUCACUCAUCCAUUCUUAUUCUAGCGUUUGUUUUCAAUUCUUUUGUGCAUUUUUCGCGAGAAAACGAUUUGUUGAUUAGGGAAUUUUAAUUGUGGGAAGAGUAUCCACUUCCCACUGUUUUAGUUUGUACUGCUCGAGAGAUGAGAAAAUUAGUCGAAGUUAUGGCCACUAACACUCGGGAAAACAAGUGCCUCGGGUUCGGAAAAUGUUCGUGAAAUUAUCGAGUCUUCGAUUUUUAUCAUCCAAUCAAAAUGUGCUCACAAGCUCGUGAAAGGACUUCGCUCCCAUGGUUCCUCUCAUUGCUUGUCGUCAAGGUGAUUCAUAAUGUUGCUUGGCAACCUCUCAGGACAACUCGGGCCCAGUCUGCUCCUAGUAGGAAAAGGCUCUUCUUUCCCCUGACACCGUAGGGCCGUGAAUUUUAGUGUCCGCUGGAUUAAUGUGGAACUUAUAAUGAAGAUGAGAUGAACGCUUUUUUUAGACUGUGAACUUGUCAUAGUGUUAAUUAGAUUUUACGGCUCUUAGGUAGGCAAAAAUAGUAUAAAACUAACAUCAGGAAUAAAACAAGUCUGUAAACAAUUACAUGUGCCUUGAUAAUCUCGAACGAGACUCGUCCGAACCACAAAGAUUUAUAUGCACGCGUUUAAGUUAUUUGCAUUGCUGUGUUCCACUUCAAACGGCUUCGUUAUAAAUGCCAAUUAUCAAAUCCACAAUUGCGCUGUGACAACUCGGGACGAAAUUUCGGAUGAAUUCAUUUUGGGACAAGUCUUAAUCGAAUGAACGCGUCCGAAAUUAAAUUUAUGAGGUUUAUCAAACCGAAAAGGUCUGGGAACGAGGCUAGGAGGAUCCGUCCGAAAGAGGUACCUUUUUGACGCUUUAGGGAUAUGAAAGGGCAGGGGUUUCACAAGUUAUGUCAUUUAGAUAUAACGUGAACGGCAACUGAAUAAAUGAAACGUGUUUUUUGGUUAA